AUGUUCAUCUACCUGAGCAAAAAGAUAGCCAUUCCGAAUGGGACGAAACUCGACAGCUUGGCAUGGAACCCUGCCCAAGGAUGGAUCGCGUGCGGUGGAUCUAAUGGCCUCACAAAGGUCCUAAAGCUGGACUCUGUCGGCGGAGGUGGGGCCGGGGGAGCUCCAGGAAAAGAGGUCAACGCGGAGAACGGGAGGGGAGGUGGUGCGGCAGCGGGCGGCGGCGGGGGAUCCAACCUCAGCAUGAACCAAACGCUAGAGGGCCACGAGGGUUCUGUGGUGUGUGUCACCUGGAACGCAACGUACUCGAAGCUCACGACAUGCGACGAACAGGGGUUGAUCAUCGUGUGGAUGCUGCACAAGGGCCUUUGGUUCGAAGAGAUGAUCAACAACCGACACAAGAGCGCCGUGAGGGACAUGAAGUGGACGAGCAACGGGCAGAAGAUCUGUAUCAUCUACGCCGACGGGGCCGUGAUCGUCGGUUCCGUCGACGGUAACAGGCUCUGGGGUAAGGAACUGGAUAUGGGGCUACAGAACGUGGAGUGGUCUCCCGAUGGUCGCCGGAUUCUCUUCGCUACGGCGGCGGGAGAAGUCCUCAUCUACGACGCCCAGGGCAAGCGGUUGAGGGCCAUGACCCUUCCCGAGGGAGCGGAGAUCACUCCGGAUUCCACCGGCGCCAACAGUCCGACCAGCGGCAGCAAAAAGAAACCGGCGUUUUUGCGAGACGAAAAGGAUGACGACGACGACGACGACGAUGACAACGAAGCGAAAGGCGGCGAGGGGAAAAACGGUGGACGAAAACGGGGAGAGGGGAAGAAAGGGCGCGUCAUUUUCGUGGACUGGUAUGACGGUGCCGAGGGACUCCUACACCCGCAAGUUCCGACGCUGUGCAUUGCGCUGGAUGGGGGCUUCGUGCAGCUGAGCAGGGGCGUGGACGACAAUGCGGCACCACUUGUCGUGGACGCGCACAUGAGAAUUCGGCAGGCCCGGUGGAACACAAACGGAACAGUGCUGGCCUUGAGUGGGGCCGCCACGGCGCAUCUCAGCAAGUCCGGGCAGUCGCGAGAGCUUUCGGUUGUCAAACUCUACUCCCCCUACGGGGUACCGCUCCGCACGCUCAAGGUGCCGGGCAACGGCAUCAGCAGCAUGGCGUGGGAGGGGGGAGGAUUGAGAAUCGCCCUCGCUGUUGACGCCUACAUAUAUUUCGCCAACAUUCGUCCUGACUACGCUUGGGCAUCGACUGCGGGCGGCGAGGUACUUGCGUACGCUUACCAAAAGGCCGACAGGAUGGACACUCAGGUUUGCUUCUGGGACCUAAAGGCAGGGGAGAGGCGCGUGAAGUCGCACCGAAACCUGAAGCUUAUCUGUGGGGGUGGGGAGCACGUGUGCCUUGUCACAGGCCCAGACGACAGGGGAAGGCACUCGUUGAUCCUGGUGAACUCGAUUGGAUCCACUCUUGAGGAACGUGUCCUCCCAGCCAGAAUUGCUCCCUUGAAGAUGGCCAUGAGUGGAGCCCACGUCGUCGUGUCAGGGGCGGCGGCGGCCUACGUCUGGCAGUACAAGAACCAGGAAACUUCUCCCUUCCGAGACAGUGACCCCGCCACGGCAAUCGCCAUGGCCCUCAAGCGCACGCCCGGUGCGGGCCGCGAGAGAGUCAUUGACCCGGACAACCUGACGUCCCCCGCCUGCGCCCCGGAGGCCUACGGCGGUCCUGCGGGGGACAAUGAUGAAGCCAACUCCAACCCAAUCACAGCGGUGGCCGUGUCUGAGAGCUGUUUUCUUCUCGGCAGAGAGGACGGCACUAUCUGCCGCUACACCCUGCCCCACAUCAGCCGGGAGAACAGUUACACGGUGCGGUCGAAGCCACAACAGAUGGCGUUGAACCUCAACAGCUCUUUAUUGGCGGUCAUUGAUGCGACCGGGGUGCUUUCCGUCCAAGACCUCGAUUCCAAGUCCCCUGGCGACACCUCGAAAGGAGCAGGAAGAGAAUCAUUGGACAACGGGCCUUGGGCAAGCUUGGAGAGGCGAGAUACGUGGGACAUCGUAUGGGCGACUGAUGAUCCUAGUCAGUUAGCAGCAAUGGAGAAAACCAAAAUGGUGGUGUUUAACAACGGGGAAGCUGAGGAGCCGGUGCCGUGUACCCGAAAUCUGUGCCGGUUAGAGGGACUCGAGGCCCGAACGGUGGGCCUGGAUGAUAUCAUGGCGGCGCCCGAAAGUCCGGACAGGUCUGUGGUGGUCGACGUCGAAACCGGCGCGCUGGUAGAGGCACGGGAGCUGAUUACGACGGACGGUCUGCAGGAGGCCUACCAGGUCAUCUCGAAGAAACCCCAUCCCCGCCUUUGGAAGCUGCUCGCUCAGCAGGCGUUGGAGGCCCAGGAUCUCAACAUGACCGAAAAGGCGUUCGUUCUGUGCGGAAAGAAUGCCUUCCACGGUGUGCGUCUAGUCAAGCGGUUGAGCAACAUCUCGGACAGGAUAAGGCGCCGGGCGGAGGUGUAUAGCUACUUCGAUCGCCACGAUGAGGCGGAGAACAUGCUGCGAGAGAUCGACCGGAGAGACCUGACCAUUUCUUUGAGGGAGCGGCUCGGGGACUGGUUUAGGGUCGUACAGCUGAUGAAGCAAGGGGGGGGCGACGACGAACAGCUCUGCGCGGCGUGGGGCAAGAUUGGAGCCUACUACACGGAGCGGGGAAAGUGGGGCAAGGCUGUGCAGUAUUUCAAGCAAGCCAAGGAUCUAAGGAUGAUGGCGGAAUGUUACUACAGGUUAGAGCAGUAUGCCAGCCUUAGGGAGCUGGUGGACACCCUCCCGCAUGGAGCGACCGAGCUCGCCGAACUCGGCACCAUGUUCGAAUCAGUGGGGCUGGGGGAAGACUCGGUACGGGCGUUGAUAAGGCUCGGGGACCCCAAGGGAGCGAUCGACUCCUGCAUCAGGCUCAACCACUGGAGAAGGGCCGUCGACCUCGCAGAGAAGCACGACUUCCCUCAGAUUGAGGCAUUGUUGGUGCGCCACACGGGCCAGCUCUUGCAGAAGGGCGACCCUCUGCAGGCGGUUGAGGUGUUCCGCAUGGCUGGGAAGGCCACCGACGCCGCGCUUCUCCUGGCAAAACUGGCCGAAGAUGCGGGCCGAAGGCGAGUUGAUCCCCUAAGGGCGAAGAAGCUGCACGUACUCGCGGCCUGUGAAGUGGAGCGUCACCGAAAAAUUGCUCUCGGAGGGAACGGCGCAUCUCGUCAGGGGAGGUCAGCCACAGAGGUAGCGGCCGCCACGGCUGCCACGCUUAACACCCUCAUGGCCACCACAUCAGAGAACGCCGAAGAUAAGAGAGCGGCAAAGGUUCUCGACAGCGCCUGGAGAGGGGCAGAGGCGUACCACUACUACAUGCUUGCUCAGCGUCAGUUAUAUCAGGGAAAAGUGGACAAGGCCGUGCGGACAGCCAUAAGGUGUGCUGAAUUUGAGGACAUCCUUUCGCCUUGGGACAUCUAUUGCCUCGUCGCGCUGACGGCAUACCACAGCGGCUACAUGGGCGUGUGCAGCAGGGCGUUCGUGAAGCUGGAAACUCUCCCCAAUCAGUCGCCGGAGAAGCUGGAGGCGGCGCAGGCUCUAGCAUUGAAGGUAUUCACGCGGAACCCUCCGAUUGAUCCCGAGCCGCUGGAAUCGCACUGUCUGGAGUGUUUGGACGAGGGCCGGUCAUACCAAGCAUGCACGGCCUCGGGACAGGUCAUCUCGUCCAGAGGAAGAGCGCUGAUGUGCAAGACUUGCCGGCAUUUUGCCAUUGAGUCCGAGCUUGAGAGACGCGCCCAAUGUCCCCUUUGCCACGCACCAAUGCGGUGA